AUGGAGUAUCUGAAGAUCUUGAAGACGAUGAAGGGUUUGGAAACAUAUAAGUUCAAAGGAGGAAUCAAUAUGUUUGAGGCAGAAGAGUGGAUGCACAUGAUGGAGAUAAACUUUGAAGCAAUGAUCUGUCCAGACAAAUACAAGAAGAGAGUGGCGGUUUACUAUCUUCAAGGAGAUGCUCGUAACUGGUGGGAAAGCGUGGAACGUCAACAUGGAAAUCAUAUUACAUCUUGGGAUGUAUUUCAAAAGGAGUUUAGAAGGAAGUACUUCCCACCCGAGGCAAGACAUCGAUUGGAGAGACAGUUCAUCAAUCUUACCCAAGGGGAUAGGACAGUACGGGAGUAUGAAGCGGAAUUCACAAGUAGUAGACUCGUGGCAGGCAACUAUGGAAAUCUCACAGACUUAGUCGAGAGGGCCGUAAAUGUGGAAGUUGCGGUAGCAGCAGAAGCCAAGUAUGAAUCAAAAAUAAAAGGCGUUAGUGGCGAGAAGGGAAAACAUAUAGUUCAGUAUAAGGAUUCCAGUCAGCAAGGCCUAUCCAGGAAAAGAAGCCAUGACUCAAAAUCUUGGAAUGGAAACCAAGGAUGUUUUUAUUGUGGAGAGGUUGGUCAUAUUGCUCGACACUGUGUGGCAGAGAAAGCUGCAUUAGCCAAAGAACAUCCCCCACUUACCCUACUGGAAGACAGACCCCUGAGAAAGAGAAGGAAUAGGAUCUAG